AUGGUGAAUACAAAUAAGCCAAAGAUUCUUAUUGUGACAGAGACCAAAGUUGGAGGUUCUAGGGCUAAAGACAUUUCUAACCAUCUUCCUUUUGAUGGUACUUUACACACGGAUACAGUUGGGUAUGCUAGAGGUUUCUGGGUUCUAUGGAACUUAGAUUGCGUGGGGGUGGAUCAUAUAGCUUCAACUGAACAAGAGGUGCAUACCAUGAUUAAGGUUAGGAAUUCAGAGUUAUCCUGGCUUUUAUCUGCAAUUUAUGCUAAUCCUAGGAUCAGUGAACAUUCCAUCCUAUGGAAUAAUCUUACUAGUGUUUCUGAAGGUCAGUCCUUUCCGUGGAUUAUGAUGGGAGAUUUUAAUGAGGUACUCAUGAGUGAUGAUAAAUUUGGUGGUAGGCCUGUUAACUUUUGGCUUGCUAUGAAAUUCCAGCAUUGCUUAGACACUUGUGGUAUGACGGAUAUGGGAUUUAGUGGAAAUAGGUUUACCUGGACUAAUUCAAGAGGUGUGGCUAAUCUUAUCCAAGAAAGAAUAGACAGAAGCUUUUGUAACAUGAGAUGGUUGCUCAUGUAUCCAAAAGCAAGUGAUAAACAUCUUACUUGGGUGCAUUCUGACCACUAUCCCUUACUUAUUGAUCUGGACAGUAGAUCUAGUCUUCACUUGAGUUGUCCAUUCCGGUUCCAACUUGGUUGGCUGUCUCUUCCGGAGUUCCAUAAACUUUUUCAGAAGGCUUGGAGAGAUUCUAUUCCUAUGGAGAGUGCAAUUAAGUCUUUUGUUGAUGCAACAAAAAAAUUGGAAUAA